AUGUCUCUCGCUGCCCCCGGUGGUUCGAUCUUCGGCAACAUCGGUAUGCAUACCGAUGCGUCCGGUGGUCGUUGGCUUCGUCUUCCGACUGGCAACGCCAACAAUCGCGCUCUUCUGUUGGCUCUGGCCAUCAACGAUGAGGAGCGUCUCAUCAUCAACAUGCCGUCGCGCGAUAUCGAGAUCCGCGUCACUAGCAACACUUCUGUCCAGCAGUUUGUUGCCAGCAUCAUCCGCCGCCAGGGCUACUUCCUUGCGGUCUUGGUUCAGUCUCGUGGUCGGUGGCGCCUGCGCCGACAGUCGCACGGCGCUCGCUGCACCCACCGCGGUCGAGAUGUUGAUUCGUCCGACAACCCGGGCGAUGAUGAUGACGAUGAUGACAACGGCGGCCCCAGCAACUACAAGGCUCCCAACGUCACUAAUGCUCGUGAGCCUCGUACGCCUGGCAGCAAGCUUGGCAAGAACAUCGGCAAGGGCGGUCGCUUCCUUGGCACUUCUGCCAGCCCCAUGGUUAUCGACAAGGAGUAG